CACCCGGCUGGGCGCCGCCAUUAGGUGGUGGGAGCGCGGCUCCAUGGCGCUGCCGGUGGAGGAAUGGCGGCGCUGCGCCGCGCGGUGCCGGGCCGCGCUGGGGCCGGCGCUGAGGGAACGGCUGGAGGCGGCGCCGCCGGGCGAGGCUCUGCGGUUGGGCUGCGGCCUCCUCAGGCCCGGAGCGGAGGAGGCGGCGGCCCUGCAGCGGCUGUGCCGCCGGGCGCGCACCGGCAAGGAACCGGCGGCCGCUCGCUGGUAUCGGGAGGAGGGGAACCGGCGGUUCGGCCGCUGCUGCUACGGUGAUGCUGCGCUGCUCUACUCGCAGGCAGCGUCCCACGAGCUCCCCGGCAGCCCCGAGGCGUCCCUGUGCUUUGCCAACCGCUCGGCUGCUCUCUUUCACCUCGGCCACUUUGAGGUUUGUUUGGAAGAUAUUGCCAGGGCUCAAAGUCAUGGCUAUCCAGACAGACUGCUGCCCAAGGUCUUGCUGCGGAAAGCUGAAUGCCUGCUGCGUUUGGGGAGGGUACCGGAUGCAGCAGACGCCCUUGCUGCAGUGGAAAAUAAAAUUGCUGUGGAUGGGAUUAUGACUAGUCCUGCACACCAGACGCUGCUGAAAAAGUUAAAUCAACUGAAGCUUAAAGUAUGUGAGAGAGAGAGCUGUCCAGAGGCUGCACGAGAAACAUGUGGUGAUACUCAAAGAGAGACAGAGAUCUGGGAAGAGAAUGACAGUAUUUCAGGUGCAUCUUCAUCUUUGAGCUUGAAGUUCAAUACAGAGAAAGGACGUCACUUGGUGGCCUCACGGGACAUCCUGCCAGGACAGAACCUGUUGAAAGAGGAGGCCUUUGUAAGCGUGCUCUGCCCAGAAGAAGGGGAGAGCCGCCUGCUACAGGACAGCAGUGAAAUGGUGUGGGAUACUCAAUUCACUAAUGCAGAUCUUUAUUGCCACCGUUGUCUGAAGCAGCUUUUAGCCUCUGUGCCUUGCCGUGGGUGCAGUUAUGCAAAGUACUGCAGCCAAAACUGUGCAGAUACGGCAUGGGAGCAAUACCACAGGACAGAGUGCUCCUUGGGAGCGCUGCUUCUCACGUUAGGGGUCUUCUGCCAUGUUGCUUUAAGGACUGUUCUACUGGCAGGAUUUUCAGAGGUUAGCAGGCUGGUGGUGCGGUCCCAUGAUGAUGAUGAUCUUCAUAGCGCCAAGGCAAGAUGUAAACAUCCCCGUGACGCACCAGAUACGAGAACUGGAACCAGAGGUAUCCCUGGUUGUAAUGAUAAUGGCCAGUAUCAGAGUUCUUACCGAGCUGUGUUCAACCUCUUGCCACAUGCUGAGAAGCAUAGCCCUGAACAUAAGUUCCUUUGCAUGCUGAGUGUAGUAGCUAUAUGCAGGAAACUGCAAGAAGCCGGUCUGGAGGCUGCUGUUCUGAAUCAGGAAUCGUCUGAGAAGGGGUCCGGACCUAAGGCAUGUGAAAAAACAUCUGAUGAGCUGUCUCCAGAGCUGCAGAUUAUGGCAGAAGCAAUGCUGAGGCAUGUGUUGCAGCUGCAAUGUAAUGCACAAGCGAUCACUGUAAUGCAAGAGUUGGGGUCUGGAGAUGGUGCUGUUGUAAAUAAGAAACCCGUGCGCCUGGCAACAGCCUUCUUCCCUGUCCUCAGCCUUCUGAACCAUUCGUGCAGCCCCAAUAUCAGUGUGUCAUUUAGUGGGACAGCUGCCACUGUCAGGGCAUCACAGCCAAUCUCAAGUGGCCAGGAGAUUUUCCAUUGCUAUGGGCCUCACCGAUGUAGAAUGAAGGUUGCUGAGAGACAACAGCUUCUCAGUCAGUAUUUCUUUGAGUGCCGCUGUCAGGCGUGCCUUGAGGAGUUAGAGUCUGGCGACAAGAGUGUGGUGUCCAUGAGGAACUCAUUUUGCUGUCCUAGCUGCCAGGCUUCAAUGCAGGGGGAAGAUGUGCUUUGUUGUUCAAAUGAAGCUUGUGCGCGCUCAGUCAGCAGAGAGAGCCUGUCACGGCAUUUACGAGACCUUCAGCGACAAAUCAAGAAAGCAUUAGAACUGCUAAGAGACAGCAGGGCUGAUGAGGCUAUCAAAAUGCUCCUGAAGUGUCAGAUGGAUGCUAGAAACUUCUUGUCACCGGAGCAUUUGCUGAUGGGAGAGAUGGAGGAUCAUCUGGCACAGGUCUAUGCUACUCUUGGAAAGUGGCAGGAAGCAGCCAGACACCUGGAGAGAAGUAUUCAGAUUGUAGAAAUGCAUCACGGGCCAUCAAGUGUAGAAAUGGGUCAUGAACUUUUCAAACUGGCACAAAUUCUCUUCAAUGGAUUUGCAGUUUCUGAAGCUCUGAGCACAAUUCAAAGAGCAGAGAAGAUUCUGACAGUGCACUGUGGUCCUCAGAGUACUCAUAUCCGGGAACUACAAGAGAUGAAGACCUGUCUGUUAGAGCUUCCCAAAAGCAUCCUUCAGAGGACUUAAUUUCCCUAUCAAAGGAAGCUGCAAUGUGAUCUUUCAUCAAAGCUAAAUUUUGUGUGGUAAGGUAGUCACGUAGUACAAGCUGGAAAAUUGCGUGUAACAACUUGAGUGAAAUCUGAAAUGCUCUUUAGUGAGACUGUUGUAAAUAAAAUGACCGGUUCUAACCUGA